AAUACACACCUUUAAAUCUCAUCAAUUUGUAUGCUGGCAUAAGUUAAGACACAAAACAUGGAACAAUUCUUUCACAAGUACAGCUUUUCUUCACACCAUUUAAUAAUGCAAACAACUGUUCAGAGCAAACAUAGAUUUUAUCUGCUUAAAAGGAAAGUGACGUGUAACCUUCCUUUCAGGGAAGCUGUUUGAUUUACAAACACUUUAUAGAGCGCUCUUUUUGUUUGUUUUCAUGGAAUACCAUGCAAUCAGAAAUGAAAGUCUUCCAGGUAACAAGGGUAGUCACAGCGAAAUCCUACCAAAAGAUGCAUGGAGAUAUUUCUGUACACAAUUACAUCUUUCAGGUCAGUGCAAAAAUAAUUAGUAUUUCUGCCACUGCAAACUAUGAUGCUUAUUUUGGAUCAAACUUUUAUUUAACUGUGUUCAUGUUGCAUACUAUUUUGAAGUGCACAAUUUGCUCUACUUAUUUAUGCUGCUGAUAUUUUUUUCACUGCUUAUUCUUUUUUAUGUUUUCAGAAAAAAACUCCUUUUUUUCGGAAAACACUUCAGAUUUCAAACCACAUCUGAUACUUGCAAAGGUAUUUUAUAUUCGGCCAACAUGAACAAAGAUUCUUUCCUAUUUCAACUAAACAAUUUCAGCAUUGCUUCUACAGGGCCAGGUGUAGGAAAGCGUCACUUACCACAACUGACCACAAAGUGGUGCUAUUUCAACAAAAAUUGAUUUUAUUUUGUCCAUAAAAGGUUUGUGAAGUGCUCAAAAACUUUUUAUGUAAUAAACUUUUGCUUUCAAAACCAACCCACAAAAGAAACAGAUUUCAUGUUAACUCUUGUCAAAACUGGCUGAUGAUAACAUGUAACCAAAGCUGUCCAUAGAAGAAAUGUUUUAUUUUAAGCUUUAUCUUCUAAGCUGCUCUGGGCAGGCCCCAGGAGGAGCAUUCAGCUCAUCUUACCUGCUUUGGACAUUGAUUGCAUUUCAUAGAGUGAUAGAAUCAUAGAAUCAUUAAGUUUGGAAAAGACCGCUGAGACCAUCCAAUCCAAAUGUCAGCCCAACACGACCAUGCCUGUGAAACCAUGUCCCGAAGUAGCAGAUCUACAGUUUUUUUUGACAUCUCCAGGGAUGGUGACUCCACCACUUAGCAGGACUGCCUCUUCCAAUGCCUUACCACUCUUUCGGUAAACAAUUUUUUUCAAAUAUCCAAUCUGAACCUAUCCUGGCUCAACUUGAGGCCAUUCCCUCUUGUCCUAUUUCUUGUUACUUGGUUGAAGAGACCAGCAUCAGCCUUGCUAUAACCUCCUUUCAGGUAGUUGGAGAGAGCGAUAAUGUCUCCCCUCAGCCUCCUCUUUUCUAGCCUAAACAUCCCCAGUGACCUAGUUCUCAUAGCUUCGUUUCCCUUCUCUGGAUGCACUCCAGCCCCUAAAUGUCUUUCUUGUACUGAGGGCACCAAAAUUGAACACAGUUUCACCAGUGCCGAGUACAGGGGGACAAUCCCUUCCCUGCUCCUGCUGGCCACACCAUUGCUGAUAGAAGCCAGGAUGCUCUUGACCUUCUUGGCCACCUGGGCACAUUGGUGGCUGAUGUUCAGCCACUGCCGACCACCACCUCCAGGUAGUUUUCCACCAGUCAGCUUUUCCUGAAGUCUGUAACUUGCACUGGGUGGUUGUGAGCCAACUGUGGGACCUGGCACUUGGCUUGGUGAACCUCACACAACUGACAUCUGCCCAUCCAUUCAGCCUGUUCAGGUCCCUCUGCAGAGCCUUCCUGCCCUCCAGCAGAUCGACACUGCUGCUCAGUUCGGUGUCAUCUGCACAUUUAGGGUGAGAGUGCUCACUCCAUCCCUUCACAGAAUCAUAGAAUCAUAGAACAGUUUGGGUUGGAAGGGACCUUGAAGAUCAUCCAGUUCCAACCCCCUGCCAUGGGCGGGGACAUCCCACUAAAUCAGACUGCGCAAGGCCCAUCCAACGUGGCCUUGAACACCUCCAGGAAAUGGGGCAGCCACAGCUUCCCUGGGCAACCUGUGCCAGUGUCUCACCACUCUCAUGGUGAAGAAAUUCUUCCUAAUGUCCAGUCCAAAUCUGCCCCUCUUCAGGCUAUACCCAUUCCUUCUAGUCCUAUCCCCAUAAGCCUUUGUAAACAGCCCCUCUCCAGCUUUCCUGCAGCCCCUUCAGGUACUGGAAGGUCUCUAUAAGAUCUUGGAGUCUUCUCCAGGCUGAACAAUCCCAACUCUCUCAGCCUGUCCUUGUAGCAGAGGUGCUCCAGCCCUCUGAUCACCCUUGUAGCCUCCUCUGGACCCAUUCCAACAGCUCCAUAUCUUUCUUGUGUUGAGGAUCCCAGAACUGGACACAAAACUCCGGAUGAGGUCUCCCAGGAGAGGAACAGAGGGGCAGGAUCCCCUCCCUCCCCGCUGUUCCCGCUGCUUUGGAUGCAGCCCAGGACACUGUUGCCCUUCUGGGCUGUGAGCGCGCACUGCCGGCUCGUGUGGAGCUUCUCAUGGACCAUCACCCCAAGCCCUUCUCCACAGGGCUGCUCUCAGGCACUUCAUCCCCAUCGCGUACUGCAAACGGGGAUUGCCCCCCCCGCCCCCGCCCGGGUGUUGCCAUGGCGACAGAGGACGCGGAGCGGUGCAGGCGCCGCCAUGGCUGCCUACAGCCCCCGGGGGCUCCUCGGGAACUGGGAGGCGGCGGCUCGGCAGGAGGAGGUAGCGUGGAGCCGGGUCCCCAUGUCCUUUCUGGCCCCGGGGAGCCUCCCCCGCCCCUUCGGUUUUCCCCUCGAUCCUUUACAUUCGGUUUCAACCUGGCGCCUCUCCUCUGCCAGCAGGACCUCCUGAGGGAUUUUCUGCGUAAAAGAGAACGAGGAGAACUUUUAAUACAGAAAAUAAACAAACUUGAGGAUAAACUUUUUAAGAAGAUACAGCUGUCAGUAUCUAAGGAUGGUUUUGUUCAUUUUGGAGACACUGUGAUGCUUAUGAACCCAGAGAGCCAAUCCUCAGUGGAGAAUCACCCAGGAGUGUGCAGCAGUCUGACUUUGGCAGUUUAUCUGGAUAUAACAUCCAUAUAUUCGGUGGAAUCAUUGCAAGCCCCAUGUGAAGUUAGUGCAGUCGAGAGUGUGGACCCUGUGGGUCGAAAUACUUUUUGUAUUUUAAGUGUUGAUGGAUCUGCAGUGGGUGAACCAAUAAGGUUUGGGCAAAACUUUGGCCUUGGGACAACAGGAGGGCUUUCUGAACAAAUGUUCUAUCUAGCAAGUGACCAUAAAUCAUUUACAAGAUUUGCUAAAAAAUCUUGCCUUCAGCAAGUAUAUUUGUCAGAUGAGCUUUCCUUUUUGACAUGCUGGCAAGCUAACUUCUUGGAUCCACAGCUGCGUCUGGAAUGUGAAGGACUACCAGUUCCUGCAGACUCCAAAAUAGUGAUUACUCAUUGCUAUACUAAUCGGAGCUUAGCCAUUCCAAGGAACUUUUGGACAAGCUCUUAUUUUGGAAAAGAAUAUGAGGUAAUUUGUCACACUUACUUGGACUCCCAUAAAGCUGAAGAAGAUAAGAAUUACUGGGUAAUAGUUACAGGAAAUGCCAGCGAUGAGGGUGGUACAAUGAUUGAUAGAUCCAACCCUCACCCAAGUGGAAUAGGGAAGAAUGAGUUUUCUGAAGAGACAUAGAAUUUAAAAAUCCCAGACUACAAUCAACAGAGGUUGAAGACUUUCUGAUUCUUGUGUUUUCUGUUCUGAUUUUAGAGGUGUUUGUUUUAAAAACGGAAAUUAUUGCCUACCAUUAGUAGUAUUGUAUAAUCUCAUUAACACAAAGUUAUACAAAGGGGCAAAACCUAAUAAAAUUGGAUGAACCCUGCACAACAUCAAAAAAGCGUUAACUGGGAAGGGUUCAUUUUCCCAUUUUCAUAUUCAGUGGUGGCAAAAGAUGUCAGAAUCUAGGAAAUCUAAUGUAUUUUUACUUCCUUACUGGCAUUCAGAGUGUAUUUAACCAGUUCUUCCAAAGCCAAAUCAAUUUCCAAAACACUGAAAAUCAAACUCAUGCAAGUUAUCAUGGGAUACUUUUUCAUUGGAAGUUCAUCUGAAAGAAAAUUCGUUGUUGAGCUUGUUCCACGUUACCUAGCACAAUAUUGCCAAUUAUUAAAAAUCACAAAUGAGGUCUCUUUUAUCUUGAUAUUGGCUUCAGAUUUAUGGGAAUUAAUUAAAAAAGGUAUGAAUUGAGGUUUUUUACCUUUGUCCAUGUAUUCUAAACACUUAAAUAACACAUAAUCAAGAACUUGAGCACAGCAAUAGAGACUAGAAACUUCUGACAGCCUUAUUCAUGUGUCAUCAUGUUCUUUUUGCCUCUUCCCCUCACAGCUUUUCAAUCCAUAAUAAUUUCUAUCAAGUUUGACAGCGAGGUGAAAUUGUCAAAGAAUAUUAAGCCUGAAACAAAGUUUCAAGAGAACAAAUGCCAAAGCAGAAAAAGAAUAAGAGACACCAUAAAUUUAUCCAAUAAGAAAAAGAUCAUAGUCUAUGUUCAUACCUAAUUAGACACCAGAGAAUCCACCUGUAAAAAAUUGCCCAAGAAUGGUAGAAAUUUCAGCUGGAGCUCACAUUUUCUUAUACUUUAAAAUCAACCAAGCAUGAGACACACAGACAUGGAAAACAGAUGUUAUUACUUCAUAGAGUUACCUGUCUUUAUAUGGAAGCUGAGACAGCACCACAGAGUAUCUUCUUAAUUUAUGACAUUCCGUUAAAUCCAUUUAGUAAAGUUACACGUAUACAUAUUCCUUUUUGUACUGUACUACAGAAGCAGUCUCUCUCUGCAUAAAGUAUGUGAAUUUCUGAGUAAAAUACUACGUUAAUCUCCAUUCUCAAAAAGGAUUCCAUGAUUUUCAGUGUUUAUAAAGAUCAAAUAGAACUUUUUAAGUUUCACCGAAAUAAACCAACAAAACGUUCACAGAAGAAGGGACCAGUUGAAACAUAUUAUGUCUUCAAGCUCUAUCCCAAAUAGACUAUCUGUUCCAAACCCUCUAUUUCAAUAGAAAUUAAACAAGCACACUGUAGAAGACCCUAAGUAGCACUCAGCAUACAGGGUCUCAAGGCAAAGAGAUCGAUGAUGACAGGCUUGCUUUGGGAGAACAUAUCGCAAUGAACAGUUCUUGAAUCACACUCCUCAUGUGCAGACCUUCAAAGGCCUGUUAUAGAUGGGGUAUUAUAGAGGAAAUUAUCUCUAGGAACUUUUUCUUUCUAUGUAAAGGGAUGAUACCCGACGUGUGGCAAAUGAUGCUUUCUACAGACGCGUUGCUAUUACUCCAAUUUACAGAGACUGAAAUUCUAAACAUUUUUAUGAUAGAUACAUGAAAUUCUGCUUUGAUUUUGUAGGUAUUCAACGAAAAAAUAACUUAGGCUGCUUGAGCGCACUGUAGUGUUACUAGUUUGAACAUUGUGGACAUUUAUUGGUAUUAGUGAUAGCUACUUCAAAUCUGACAAAGCCUCUUUCAUCUUGGUUAUAUGUAAGAAACAAGAAGAGGACUUAAACCAAAACCAUUGCUGAAACAAAGCUUUGUGUGAGCUCAUGCAGAAAUGAGAACUGUGUGGGCAAAGUGCUGGUUAGUGUUAUGGACAGGAGUGUUUGUGUGAGUGUCUGUACGUUAGUGUGGGAGAGAAGCAAUGCAGGCUGUACAAACAGCAGUUUUGUAAGCCUUAGAGGAAAACCAGAGAAAUAAACACAGAAAUAAGUACAGAAGUAGGUAAUGUUUGAAUUAGGUGCUGAUUAAAAGCAGCUUGGAGACUCUUGUGCGUGUUUUGAUUAGUCUGCGCUCAUGGGAAAGGAGUUCCAGAGCUCUUGGAAAAUAAACAGCGUUGAAUCAAAGAUUUACGAUUCCACUAUCAGCUCUUCUUCUUAUCUAACACAGUUUUAAAACUACAGAUUUGUGCAUAGCUUCUUAUAUCAUAUAAUACAUAUUUAUAAUUCAGCUGAUUUGCCAUAUUGAUUACAGAUACUUAUCUGUUACCCAGUUUUUCUUUUAAAAACUGUUUUUUAUGCUUCUCAAUAUUGUCCACAUGAUGGCACCACAAUUUUCUAAACAGCACAAUCAUUGCUAAGUAGGUAAAACAACCUGAAACGUUUAAAAUCAAAUAUAAUUCCCUGAUAUAAUGCCACAAAAGCUAACCAAGUUAAAUCAGGAUUAAAUUCUGGAUUAGGAGAUGUCAUUAACAAUUUAUCACGUUUUUUGAAGAUUAAGCAACAUUGGUUGAAGUUAAGCAACAACGGUAGAUAGGAGAACACAGAACCGUGUUUUGCAUACAAUCAACUUUUUAAAGCUAAUUGGUGUAUUAAUUUGUAAUUGAAACAUACUUAAAGGAAAUUAUCUUUACGAGCUUUUUGUUUGAUGUUCUAUGUAAAGCUAUGAAACCUGAUGUGUGACAACAGCUGCAUGUUUUUAUAGGGGUAUUAUUAUUACUUGCUCCAAAUUGUAGAGAUUAAAAUUCUGCAUAUUUUCACAAGAGAUUGAUGUAAUUCUGCUUUCGUUUUGUAGGUAUUAAACUAGAAAAACUUAGGCUGAGUAUAAUGCGCUGCAGUUUCUAGUUUGGCCAUUGUGGACAUUUAGCAAUAAACAUGGGAUUUAAUAUAAAGAAUUACAGAAUUAAAUAUUAGUCCAGAAUUUGAAAAAUCCUGCAGCUGCCACUUUUUGACACAAUAUGGUCCCAGUGGACUGAGUACUGGAGAUCUGAACGAGGCACAGACCUGACCAUUGUGUAGCUGAGGUCUGGCACUAUAGUUUGCUUGUCCUAGUAUUGCGUAUCAUGAAAUAUGGACAGUGAUGCUUGCCUCAUUUACAAAGCACUAUGACAUAUAACAAUGGAAAGAAAAAUCAUGUAUUUUAAGAAAGCUUUUAAUAUUCCUUCCAAAUUAGAAUCAAUAUGGAUAGCUCUACAAAAGCACAUUGUGGGAAAAUAAAACUUGCUUUGCCUCCAUUCCAGCCUGCUCAAGAGCUGUUAGCAUAAAGCUGAUCCUGAGCUAUUAGACCUUUCUAAGGGACAGGGUACAUUAGUUCAGAUUUAGUGCAGUGCUAAUAUAGCUUUUCAUAAGCCUGAGGUGCAGAGAGAACUCACAGCUGCACUUGUUUUUUUGCAAGCGUGUGUUAGCAGCAUAAUAUUGAAGUAAAGAAAAGGUCCAGAGAACUCAAAGAGUCUGCAAAGAAAGGCAUCACCCUUCUAGUAAUCUCACACAUUGGUAACAGUGGAAAAUGAAAAUCCAGUUUUAAAUCUGCCUCUUCACUUUCCUCCCUCUUUUGCGUACUUCUCCAACUCAUAUUUCACAUCACAUCACUUCUCCUCUGCCAUGUAAUCCAGC